UGAUUCUUAGCUUAGGCCUGUCUGCUAGGAUGGUCAGCAGCUGACUAUGAACUGCCAGGGCUGGCUUCUGCCUCCAGUCUCUUUGUUGCCUGAAUGCCAGGGGUACACAGCAGCUAACGACCGUGUUCACAGUUUGGCAGGAGAUCAUGGAGCAGAAACAGCCAUUCGUUGCUUUAUCAUUCCCUGGGUGAUGGUUCUUUGCAGGCGGUGGGUAAUGGCUUUUACAUCGUCAGAUAUGCCUUUCAAGAGCCCCCAGGUCCGGAUUUGGAAGAACAAAAUGCCCGGGUAGGAGCUGGCUUCCCGCGGGAUCGCGCAACCGGCCACCGGGUGUCGCGAGAACCGGGGCGGCCCCUCAGCGACCCUAUAGGCCGGGAGGCCGGGCACGCUCCGCGGGGCUGGCGGUUUAGGCGGGCUUGCUUGGGCCAGCGAGGGCGCGGGGCUCCAGCGCUCGGGGCUGGCCCCCGCCGCUCCGGGCAGGCGCGCCUAUGGCGUUUCUAAGGUGACGCUGCGCACACUGACUCUCCGGGGGCGGAGGAAACACCUAUGAACCCUUCGGCCUCCUUCCUGGCCGGGCGCCAGCCCAGGCGCAAAGUCGAGUGGCGAGCAUUAGGUGCUGCUCACUUUUUAAGGGUAACAGUGGGCAUUUGUAGAUCUGCCUUUAUAUACGCCUUCUCGCUUCCUGUCCUUAACGUUGCUUAACAGCAGCCUGCUAGUGGAGCGGCACUCUUAUAAUCCAUUUUACUAAAAAGUCUUGAAAAUAAACUUGUCUGACAUUUGCAUUUACCGGUAUUGGUUGAGUUGAACGGGAUGUGUACACUUGGCCUGUUGCUUGUGUUGCUCGACUAGAAUACGUGCUCCUUGCCGGUGAGCUCAGUGCUGUAUCCCCAAAAUGGCGCUAAAUGUUGAAGGAAUGAAUAAGUGAGUGAAUGACUUACCAAAGACUGGAAUUCAAGUUUGUGGACUUGGAAUCCCUUGACUCCAAAUUCCAUUUUCUCUGUUUAAACACCGGGUCAGAAAUUGAGAUUUCCACUAUCGAGAAACAACGGAAAGAGCUGCAGCUGCUCAUUGGAGAAUUAAAAGAUCGAGAUAAAGAGCUCAAUGAUAUGGUUGCAGUACAUCAGAGACAACUUCUUUCGUGGGAAGAGGAUCGGCAGAAAGUGUUGACUUUGGAAGAACGUUGCAGCAAGUUAGAAGGUGAACUACAUAAAAGAACUGAAAUAAUUAGGUCACUCACAAAGAAGGUAAAAACCCUUGAAUCCAAUCAAAUCGAAUGCCAAGCUGCUCUUCAAAAGACUCAGCUACAACUUCAGGAAAUGGCUCAAAAGGCAACCCAUUCCUCUCUCCUUUCUGAAGAUCUUGAGGCUAGAAAUGAAAAUCUCAGCAACACAUUAGUGGAACUUUCUGCUCAGGUGGGUCAACUGCAAGCUCGAGAACAGGCUCUUACCACCAUGAUAAAGCUAAAGGACAAAGACAUUAUUGAGGCAGUCAAUCACAUUGCUGACUGUUCAGGUAAAUUUAAACUGUUAGAGCAUGCCUUACGCGAUGCCAAGAUGGUGGAGUCCUGUAUUGUGAAGGAAAAGCAAGAUUAUAAGCAGAAAUUGAAGGUACUUAAGAUGGAAGUCAACAAACUAAAAGAGGAUCUCAAUGAAAAGACAACAGAAAAUAAUGAACAGCGAGAAGAGAUCAUUCGCCUCAAGCAAGAGAAAAGUUGCCUGCAUGAUGAACUAGUUUUUACUGAAGAGAGAGAAAAAAGGAAAGAUGAGUUACUUGAUAUCGCAAAGUCAAAGCAGGAACGCAUGAAUGCAGAACUGCACAAUCUGAGACAGAUUUACGUAAAACAACAACGUGAUCUGCAGUUUCUUAAUUUCAAUGUGGAGAAUUCUCAGGAAUUAAUACAAAUAUAUGACUCAAAGAUGGAGGAAUCAAAGGCCCUGGAAUCCAGCAGAGACAUGUGUUUAUCAGACCUUGAAAAUAACCACCUAAAAGUCGAUUUUAAGAGGGAGAAAAAUCAGAAGUCACUGGUUAAGGACCAAAAAUUUGAGACCACGUCGGUUCAGCAAAAUAGGUCAGACAAGAGCUCUUGUGAUGUAUGCAAAGAGAAGAAACUACAGGUUAAUACUUCAUUUGGGGGGAAAAGUGUAAUUGCUAUCUCAUCUCUGUUUGCAAAAGACUUAGUGGAGAAACAAAAGUCUUGGUCUUUGGGAGCAAAAAUCCAGACUGAACCAGAAAACACAAGUACAUUUUGCAAGAUCCAUGCAAAAUCACCAAAAGGUAAUGGAAUUGGGGUUCAGAAUGAAGAGAAACAACUCUCAGAGACAUCAACGUCUGUAUCAGACGAAAAGUGGCAUGACGUCAGUGUUUACUUGGGCCUGGCCAACUGUUCUGCCUCCAAACAACCAGAAAAGCUGGAUACCGAAUGUCACGAUCAGCUGGAGAGGUCUAGAGUCUCCUGUUGCCAUAAAAAUGAAGCCUGUCUGGAUGAAAGUGACAUGUGGGAGUCCAAGUGCUGCCACCCAAGUAACUUUGUGAUUGAAGCCCCUGGCCACAUGUCUGAUGUGGAGUGGAUGAGCAUCUUUAAGCCUUCCAAAGUGCAGAGGGUUGUUCGCCACAAAUCCGUGUGCACUUGUGCCGAAAGUGCCAGUGGAACCAAAUAUAACUCCUCCACCAGUGAGCUGAUUGCCAUCCAGCAUUCCCGCUGUUUGGGUUCUUCCCAAUCUGCCUUAAGAGAGGAUGACAAGUUGAGAGAGACAGAGUCCUCUUCUGAUAAAAAGAACUCACCUAAGAUGUUGUUAAUUAACAAAGAUGCAGCAUUGCCCAGUGAAAAGGAUGACUUUUCACCCACAAGUAAGCUUCAGCGUUUGCUGGCAGAAUCUCGUCAAAUGGUCACUGAUCUGGAACUGAGCACUCUGCUCCCCAUCAGCUCUGAGAAUCUCAGCACUGGCGCCAAAAACAAUGUGGAAGUCUCAGAAGAAUCAGCUGAAAAAAAUACCCUUCUCAGUAAUUGAAGAAAACAAAAGCCAACCUCAGAAUUCAUUGUGAUCAUGGAAGCUGAUUUCUCAUCCAUGUGGAAGGCAGGAAGCAGACAUCAAUACCUAAUACUUAACCUUGCAAACAAAAAGAGGGUUGUAAUCCUUCGUAAGCAAUAUUUAAUACCAGAGAGGAGCAGAAACUGAAAGUUAAUUUUCAAACAUCUAUAUUUUGUUUGUUUUCAGGUUAACCAUUUCCAUGUGUAAGACAUAUUUUUCAUGUAUAAGAACUUAGCCCUUAUUGUAUAUUAUGUAUAAUAUACAAACUUGGAAUUAUGCUAAGAGAGAAAAAGGUUCUCUGUGAAGAUGCAGACGACAGUUAAAUACUAGAAAAAUCUCUUUAAGAGUAUGAGUAUCGCAUGGAGGAUCCUUGCAUAGAAAAUGCUGUUUUAACUAUCUGAUUUUUUUAAGCCUGUGCAUACGUUUAAAUUAUAGCCAGUAGCUUUCCAGAGUUGGUUCCAAAUACAUGAGAAAUGGUACUGUCUUGCAGUUUUACCCCUGAACUUUGCUGUGUAAAUAGAUUUAAAAUGCUAUAAUACAAAAUAUGUUUAACUGAAAACUAUCUCCUGGGUUACGGACAUUCGAGGUCCUUCUGUUCCAAAAGCUGAGCAGAGCCCCAUCUUGUGUGGGUCAGUAGCAGUCCCAUCAAUCUAUACAAACAAAAGCUUGCUGGAAGAUCAAGUUUUAUACAGAUUUUUUUUAUCAUUAAAGACUAAAACAUUUCGGCUUUAACUUAUAAAAGUAUUUGAUUUUUUAAAGGAUAUACUAUGUGCCUCUGUCCCUUCUAAGAACUGAUCAGCUUCAGUCAAUAAAAAUAUUUUUAAUAAUGAAAA